AAAUAUCAUCAAAUAUUGUAUGCUGUUUAGUAUAGAGAGUCGCGUCGUCGUAACCGUAAUACGCUUCGAUCGUUGUUAUUAAUAGAGCGAACGCGAUUCGCAAAUAAGUAACGAAUUAAUUCAUGCACGGUGAAUCGCGCUCGUCACGUAUUCCUCCGUCAUCGUAUUAAGUUUCUGUGGAUUUCUGAUAGCUGGCAAAAAGAAGAGUUGCUGAGUCUUCCAAAGAAAACAGUGCAGCGAAUUUUUGCAACGCAGUAGUGUCGGUUCUGCGUUGCACGAAUUUAAACCCAGCCGGGUGAAAAAACUUUUUCUGCCGUCGUUUCGUAAUAAUUGCGACGGUCGCGACGCGCGAGGGAGAGGCGGCAUCGAGGAAAGUUUUUAACCGGGCGAUAUGUUGGGAAGCGACAGUUUCUCCUUGGAGCGGACGGUCUGUCUGGGUGGGGAAAAUCGAUAGGAAAAGGCGAGUUCAAAGUGCCCGAGGGAGAGUACAUACACACGGCGUGUCGUUAACGAUUGUGUCUCUCUCGUUUCUCUGCGUGCACAGGACAGAACCACAAUUAUCUCUCUCGCAGACAAUUAUCACCGGUGGUGGCGGCGGCGGCGGCGACGACGGCAGUAUGUCGAAAAAGAGGUGUCCCUCCCGAUAAAAAGGUGUCGUCGCGUCUCGAUGACGGCCGCGAGUGGCGUCGUCGCAAGGAAGCGUGAUCCUCGUCAUCCGCGUCGCAUGCCGUGCCGCGGCAACAGCUGUAGUGUGCGGUGUCGCGCAGGAAGAUGCUGAGGGUGCCCGACGACGACGGCUCCUGACGGCUCCUCGCGGCACCCAGAGGAGGCGCGGCGGAGCACGCGGGUGUGAUCGUGAACGACAGGAUUGGCGGCGGCAGCGGCGACGGCGACGGCGGAAAAUGAUUGCCGGUCAGCGACUGGUGCGCGUUCUCUGCGCGCUCCUCUGUCUUUCGCUACGGCUUGAUUACGCGCACUCCACACACAUCACCGGCACCUUCAACACGAAGGAGUUCUUCCGGUUCCUCAUCAAGUUCGGCUUCCAAAAGACCGACCGCCAUCGGCAGAAGGACUCGUAUGGUUACAUAUUCGGCAAUGUGACCGCGAGAACGGACUUCGACGUGCCGAUCACCCUGGCGAUACUUGACCGCGGCCACUUCCUCGAGUACUACGGCAAUCGCACGCUGUUAGACAAGAGCGCCGCGUGCGCCUACAUGUUCAACACGCUGAAAAAGAGUUCCUACGAUCCCGACUGCAACGAGGAGGGCCAAGACUUCCUAAGGCGAGUCCCGUGUCCCCGAGACAAAUUGUGCCCAGACGAGGACUCGGUGUGGAAUAUUGUGAAGGGACAUCAGUUCACGUAUGUCAUACAGGAUUUCUGGCAGCCACGAUUUUGGUACAUGAGCUUGGUGGCAUGCUACAGAAACAAAACGACCUGUCAAUGGGAGUAUUACAGUAGGCACGACGAGUUGGAGUAUGACAUUUGGCUGGUAAAUGGCAAUCCGAACGUCAGUGGCCUAAACAGUUUGACAUACCAGUUUUCGUACGACAGACAGAAUACCAUCGAACUGUAUUUGCUGUUUUUCCUGUGUUAUAUCAUAUUGGUACCACUGCAGUUGUAUGCAGUAAGAUUGCAAAAGCAUCCUGUAACAAGAUUGUUCACUGCUAGUUUAUUAUUAGAAUUUGUGGCAGUAUGUUUGAUCUUGAUACACGUGUUGAAAUUUGCACUAGACGGAGUAGGCUACGAACAAUUAGAAGUUGCAGGUGAUAUUUUUGAUAUUCUGUCACGGACGUCCUUUAUGUUAUUAUUACUCCUACUUGCCAAAGGAUGGGCUGUAACAAGAAUGGAAUUAACAUGGAAGCCACUGGUAUUUGCUAUAUGGUUUUGUUAUGGAGUUGUUCACAUCUUAUUAUAUGUAUGGAAUAUGACAGAAGUUGAUAUUAUCGAAGACAUAGAUGAAUAUCAAACUUGGCCAGGAUGGUUUAUAUUGUUAUUCCGAAGUGCCAUAAUGGUAUGGUUUCUAUAUGAACUUCGAAACACCAUGACAUACGAGCAUAAUACUCAAAAAUUGAACUUUCUCCUUCACUUUGGUGCGUCGUCAUUAGUUUGGUUCAUAUAUUUACCCAUUAUAGCACUUAUAGCGCUUCAAAUAAGCGCAUUAUGGAGGUUUAAGCUGUUAUUAGGUAUAACAUACUCAGCAGACUGUUUUGCUUAUUGUGUAAUGGCUCAUUUAUUAUGGCCCACCAGAAGUGAACAAUAUUUUUUACUAGCGCAAGGCGCGGAUAAUGGUGAUGAGCUCGAUGAAUUCAACGAAGCGCCGCAUGUAUUAAAUAAUUAUGUAGAGCCGCCGGAACUCGGUAAAAUAAUUACUUAAUACUCGUCCAUAUUGGAAGUAUAAUAUUAAAUCGAUGACAUUUUUAAUUACAAGUGAUGUGAUGUACAUUUGCCAAAUGAUCAAUCUAAUAGAAUCAAUAAUACUCUAAUAUGUGCUAUCGAACUGAAAUAUUGUGCACAUCCUAUAAUUAGAGAUAUAUUGUCAAAUUCGGAGCUGUGUGAUAUGAAAUCAAUACAAGUAAAUGAGUAUGAUAUGAGUAUAUUAUAUGAAACACGAUUUUCGAUUUGAUAUAUCAGUAUUAAUUAUAUUCAUAAUUUUCUAUGCACGCAUAACUAUUAAAUAUUUAUCUAUUUGCUAUUUAUGCAUCUUGAUAACAUUGGUGCAUAUCUUAUAUGUUACUAAUGUUUAAAUAAUUAGUCUACUCGUAUGAUUAUGCAUUAGGAUAUAAAAACUAUAUAUAUUAUAAAAUAUAUAAAUUAUAUAAUAUAUUUUAUUAGAUUAUACAAUAUAUUUUGAUAUAUUUUGUAUAAUUAUAUAAACUAUCAAAUUACAUAAUUAUAUAAAAUAAUACUAUUUCUAAAAUUUCUUUACCAUACAUGAGAGACAACUUAUUUUACUUACUCAUAUCAUAUUCAUAAAGCUUUAAUUUAAAAGUAUUAAUUUGUUUAUUUCUCUAAUCAAUUUACACAUUUUGAUUUUAUAAAAAAGUCUUUAAACUUCUAUAUUAUACAUGCAAAGAAAACCUCAUAACAAAGUGUACAUUUUUGAUAUCUUUAAUUCGUCACUACAUCUUGUAAUUAUUCCAUGUCUGCUCCAUACCGAGAACAUUACAAUGUGCACUUGAAUAAGAAUGGUGGAAAUAAAAUACUUGUAUGACUUUCGUAACAUGCAAUUUGAUUCUAGUUGAGUGGUUUAAAGUUGCGUAUGUGAUAACUGUAUAUAUAGCCAUAUUGAUUUAUUUAUAGUAGACUUUAUAGCAAGAAAUACAGAAUGUUCCAAAAUUACUAGGCAUUCUUUUAAGACUGUAGAUUCUUUGACUAAGGGAUGUAUUCUGUAACUCUUUAACAGUUAGUUUCAGUAUUAUGAAUUACAAAAUAGGGUCCCAAUUCUCAUAUCAGGAUGCUAAUAACUUUCGAGUAAUUCGCGAUUAGAAAAAAAAAUAUAAACUUUCUUUAAUUUAUUUUAAUCACAUUUUAAUGGAGAACUUGAAAAUUUAUUAAAAAAGUAUGUACAAUAUUACAAAUUAAAAGGAUAAUGAACUCUUAAUGAACUUUUUUAAUAACUAAAGAAAAAUUAUAAAACAUUGGAUAAAGAAGCUAUGAUUAAGAAAACUGUAUUUUUGGUAUGUUUUGUAUGAGAAUGUUUUCAUAUCUAUUUUUGUUCUUAAUUUUAUAAAAAGCUUUUUAAUCUUUUAAAAUGUAAUCUUAAUAAACACUGUCAACAUUAAAUUAGUUUGUUAUUAGAUAAACAACAUGUAAGUAUAUAUAAAUAAUCACAUACACAACGCAGAAAGUGAAAGAGCACCUAUAUAAUAUUCUUCCGAUUUUAUUCAAGCAAGUUCACAUGUUAAUUGCACAUUGUUGAAUAAAUAUAAAUACUUUAUAUAAAAGAUUUAAACAUAUGAUCUGAUACGCUAGCUGUAAGCGCGUGUUUUCCUGUCAUACUAUUAUUGCUCAAUCUUGUAAUAACUUAGAUAACAUGAUUGUGUAUAUACUCUCUUGAGAAUAUUUUAAUGCUCAGCAUAUACACCGUAUGGGAUCGGUAAAAUCUUUACGAUACAUUUAUAUUUUUAAUAUUCACAAGUGAGAACAAUUUAAUAUAAUCUGUUUUUUUUUUUUUUUAUUUUUAUUUCUUUAUAGUAUUGUCUAUGUUUGAGUUAUAUUUAGAAUUAUAAGCAUAUUUUUUUUAAAGCACAUUUAAAUUUGUUAUACAAAUUAUGUUAAUGUUUUUGAAUAUCAAUGUCUAAUAUGUACAUGUAUAUUUACAUAUAAUUUAUUUUCAAAAAUAUGCGUGUCUUUGCAAACACAUGUUUUGCUUUUUAUAGAUGAAUGAAGGAAAUAGCAAUUAUAGUAAAUAUUUUAGUAUAAUGAAAUUGUUAUAUCACGUCAUUACAGUCCAACUAAGCAGGAAAAAUAUUUUAUUUAAUUAAUCUUUUUGCCAGGAUAAAUAAUGUAUUAUACAACUUGAUAAUAAUAAUUGUUUUAUAUACCUAAA